GAAAACCUCAGCGCUUGUGUUUUAUAGGCAGAGAGAAACCAGGCCAGUGGCACCGCUCUGGAUGGUGGUAAUGUGCUCGCAUCUCGCUUUGUUCUCCCCUGAUCAAAGCCACACAGAUGGAUUUGUUCUGGUAACUUUCCGUUGUGUUGAGGCUCAGACAAACCUUUGACAGGAUGUUGGGAUUUCUGAAGGAGCCAUUUGUGGUCACUGCAGAGAUCAAUGUGAACCUUGUGGCACUGACUGUGAUGGGAUUAAUAAGUCGUCUCUGGGGGCUUUGCUAUCCACGAGCUGUGGUUUUCGAUGAAGUUUAUUAUGGCCAAUUCGUUUCACUCUACAUGAAGAGGAUCUUCUUUGUGGAUGACAGUGGCCCACCCUUUGGCCACAUGCUGCUGGCCUUGGGAGGUUACUUAGGAGGAUUUGAUGGAAACUUCCUAUGGAACAGGAUUGGAGCUGAAUACAGCAUGAAUGUUCCUGUGUGGUCCCUGCGAUUCCUGCCAGCCCUGGCUGGUGCUCUCUGUGUGCCUUUAGCUUACCAGAUUUUGGUUGAACUGCACCUCUCCCACUGUGCUGCACUUGGAGCUGCUCUUCUGAUUCUCUUGGAGAACUCUCUGAUCACUCAAUCAAGGUUCAUGCUUCUGGAAUCAAUACUGAUUUUUUUUAUCCUGCUUGCAGUUUUGUCCUACCUGAAGUUCUACAAUUUGCAAAAGCACAGUGCCUUCUCUGGAAGCUGGUGGUUUUGGCUCCUGCUGACUGGAGUAUCCUGUUCUUGUGCAGUUGGAGUGAAGUAUAUGGGCCUGUUCACCUAUAUGCUGCUCUUGGCCACUGCAGGACUCCACUUCUGGCACAUGAUAGGAGACCAGAACUUGUCAAAUGUUUCCUUGCUGUGCCAUUUUCUAGCCCGAGGUCUGGCCCUCAUCAUCAUCCCCGUGGGACUGUAUCUCUCCUUCUUCUAUGUUCACUUGGCUUUGCUGUAUCGCUCUGGGCCUCAUGACCAGAUCAUGACAAGUGCUUUCCAAGCCAGCUUAGAGGGUGGUCUGGCUCGAAUCACUCAGGGUCAGCCCUUGGAGGUGGCCUAUGGCUCUCAGAUCACCCUGCGGAACGUGCUGGGCAAGCCCGUGCAGUGCUGGCUCCACUCUCACACCAAUACUUACCCCAUCAGGUAUGAGAAUGGCCGAGGGAGUUCCCAUCAACAGCAGGUGACCUGCUAUCCCUUCAAGGAUGUGAACAACUGGUGGAUUGUCAAAGAUCCUGGAAUGCAGCAGCUGGUGGUGAGUAACCCACCACGGCCCGUCAGGCACGGCCACAUCGUGCAGCUGGUCCACGGCAUCACAACUCGCUACCUCAACACGCAUGAUGUCGCUGCUCCUCUUAGCCCACACUCCCAAGAAGUUUCCUGCUAUAUUGAUUAUAACAUCUCCAUGCCAGCACAGAACCUUUGGAGAGUGGAAAUUGUAAAUCGUGAGUCUGACACGGAUGUGUGGAAGACAAUUCUGUCAGAAGUGAGAUUUGUUCACGUGAACACCUCUGCAGUGCUAAAGCUCAGUGGAGCAUCUCUGCCUGAGUGGGGAUACCGGCAACUGGAGGUGGUUGGAGAGAAGCUGUCCAAAGGCUACCACCAGAGCAUGGUGUGGAAUGUGGAAGAGCACAGAUAUGGGAAAAGCCAAGAGCAAAAAGAGAGGGAAGUGGAACUCCACUCUCCCACACAGAUGGACAUCAGUAAAAACCUCAGCUUCAUGGCAAAGUUCACAGAAUUGCAGUGGAAAAUACUCACAUUAAAAAAUGAAGACACAGAACAUAAGUACAGCUCCUCUGCCCUGGACUGGAUCACAAUGGACACCAAUAUUGCGUACUGGCUCCACCCCACCUCGGGAGCCCAGAUCCACCUCCUUGGGAAUGUUGCCACCUGGGCUUCAGGUAACGCUGCUGCUCUGGUCUACCUGUGUCUGUCCCUGUGGUACUUGCUGCGGCGAAGAAGGAAGAUUUACGACAUCUCUGAAGGUCUGGCUGCACUCUGUGUGUGUGUGUCCAGCUGGAGACUUGUGCCUUGCUCUGCUCUGAGAUGCCAUCUCCUGUCUCCUGCAGAUGCCUGGCAGCUCUGGACGUCAGCAGGAGGCAUCUGUGCUGGAGGCUGGGCUGUGAAUUACCUGCCCUUCUUCCUGAUGGAGAAAACACUUUUCCUGUACCACUACCUGCCUGCUGUCACAUUCCAGAUUCUCCUGAUUCCUGUGGUACUGCAGCAUCUUGGAGAGCAUCUCUGCAGAUCUGUGCUGCUCAAGAGCAUGUUGAGUGCCCUGAUUGUGGCCUGGUUCUCCUCGGUGUACUUUGUGUACUGCACCUUCAGCCCUGUGACCUACGGGCAGCCCGCGCUGUCCCCCACGGAACUCAGGGCCCUGCGCUGGAAGGACACCUGGAACAUCCUGAUCCGAAAGCACUGACCACUCCAGCCUUGGGACAGCAAAAGGAAACACCUUUUGUGCAAAGCCAAGAAUUUAUUGUUAGUAUCAUGGAAAUCUUAACAGUCGGUUCAGCUAUUUUUGUAGUAGUCCAGAUCUAAUGAUUACAGAAGAACAUAAAGGAACACUGUUACAGAAAA